UUUAAAAAGAAGCUGUGAGCGACGCAGCAGCCGUGCGCCUCCCGCCUCCCGCCGCACACCGACCCGCUCCGCCGCGGCUCCACACGCUCAGGAUGCGGACGUCCCUGCUGGCCUGCUGCUGCAUCUUUGCGCUGCAAUGUUUCCCGAGCAUGUUCGCUCUCACGCUGCGCGGACCCGGCAGGUCCAGAGCUGCACCGGUCUCUGAGAAGUUCCUGGACCUGAGGAAGAGGGGAAAGGUGGCCGAGGACCUGGUGAAGGAGGUGAGUUCGUCCACCAGCACGCCGAGCCGACCUCGCUGCGGAGUACCGGACUACCUCACCCAGGAGGUGUACUACCGGGGCCGGCACCGCCAGAGACGCUUCGUGUUGAAUGGAGGACGCUGGGACAAGACAGACCUCACAUACAGGAUCGUGCGCUUCCCUCGGCAGCUGAGCGAGGAGACCGUGCGAAGGGUGUUUCGAGAAGCACUGAAGAUCUGGAGUGACGUGACACCGCUGAGAUUCAUCGAGGUCCACAGCGGGAAGGCCGACAUCAGGAUCAACUUCACGAGGUACUGGCAUUCGGACCACCUCCCCUUCGACGGCCGGGGGGGGAUUCUCGCUCAUGCCUUCUUCCCCAAAACCAGCCGGCAGGGGGACGUGCACUUUGACGCCGAUGAGGUUUGGACCCUCGGAAACCACGUGGGCACCGACCUUCUCCAGGUCGCCGCCCACGAGUUCGGGCAUGCCCUGGGCCUGCAGCACUCGCGUGAGCGGGGAGCCGUCAUGGCGGCGUACUACACCUACUUCAACCCGCUGAGGCUGAGCGAGGACGAUAAGAGAGGCAUCCAGUUCCUGUACGGACCUUCUCCACGGACCGUCACACGGCCACCAGCACCACCCCCAACCCCACCACCACCACCACCUCCACGCCAACCCCCACCUCCACGCCCGCCCCUGUCUCGCCCGGAGACCAACGACAUCCCCAUUCAUCCCGACGCCUGCCGUACCCACUUUGAUGCCGUGUCGAUGAUCCGGGGGGAGCUGUUCUUCUUUAAGUCGGGCUACGUUUGGAGGAUCAGGGACAGGCAGCUCGAGAGCGGCUACCCCGCGCUGGCGUCCCGACACUGGGCGGGAAUUCCCGACUACAUUGACGCGGCCUUUGAAGACAAGUCAGGGAAUAUUUGGUUCUUUCAAGGUCGGAACUACUGGGUUUUUGAUGCGGAGAGGCAGAUCAGGGGACCCGAGUCUCUGGACAGUCUGGGUCUGUUCACGCCUGGGAUCCAGGCGGCGCUGCGCUGGGGCCACGACCCCAACUACAACACCUACUUCUUCAGGUCAGGCAGCUACUGGAGGUUCAGCCCUGGCGAGAACCGAGUGGAGUCCACGUACCCGCGCAGCAUGCAGGAGUUCAGCGACAUCCCCGAGGACGUGGACGCUGCCUUCAGGGACGCCGACGGCUACGCUCACUUCAUCCGAGGACAGCAGUACUGGAAGUUCGACCAUCACAUGCACUUGCUGAGAGGCUACCCUCGCUACCUCGGCAUGGACUAUUUCAACUGCAGAAGCCUGUGAGACUCUGCAGGAUCACGUACGACGGCGGUGGAGAGUUUCUGGAACAAAGACUUUCAUGUGCUGCAGGUUUCAAAAGGACAAGAUCAUCUCCUUUAAAUCUGUUUAUGCUUCACUCCAUGUAUUGACACUCAGAUCAAUGUAUGCCUUCUUCUCAGGAAAUACCACGUGGCAUUCUCACAGACCUGGCACCUCCUGCACAGCUCUACUCAUAUACUUGUAUUUAUUUUGCACAUUUUUGUCACCGUGAGGCUGAGAUCCGUGGCUUCGCUCUCUUCGUCUGAGCCUGAAAGUCAGAUUUAGGUUCGCAGACAGAACCGAUGCCGGUGACUCUUUUACUCAGCUGGUUUGUGUUCUCAGCAGCGACGUGAGACUCACCCGCAGCAGGUUUGCAGCCUCAAAAAUCACAGAACAUGAAGUCAACAACAUAUAAAAUCUCAUUUUUUAUGAUAAAAAGUUCAUACUAGAGGGAUGAUUGAAGCCAAAGUUUACAACUUCAAGGACCAAAACAGCUUUUUAGCUAGUUAGACAGCAUGUAGUUUGUUAAAGCAAAAAAAAAAAACUAACUUACUUACUUUUUGCUGAUAAAACUAUUUUUCCACCUCGGUCAGUCAUAACGCCAUCUUCGCAUUUGUAGUUCUAUUUAGUGUCUUGCAGAUUCUGCUCUUUUUUUUUUUUUUUUUUUUUUUUUUUGCAUGCAAGUAUUAAAACAUGGGCAAAAAAGACUGAUAAUUGCCAUGUAGCACCUGUAUAACAUAUUUUUCUUAUUCUUGCUAUAAAUGAGCCAAACUGCAACCAAAAGCAGCCACAAACCUAUAUCGAGUGUAUGAGAGGAAAUGGACUCCAGACAGGUGAUGAUGUUAACAAGCAGUGAUGUAUCCCUUUCAACUCCGACCUCCAGAGUGCAAAACAUUUCAGUAAAAAAAAAAGAAAAAAAGUGUAAAUAUGCUGUUUUAAUAGGCUUUUCCUCUCAUACAGGCCCCGAGGCCUCAGGCUAACUCAGGUGUGUCUUACUUUAAAAACAACAACAACAAUACUGCUUUAAAGGACACUUUUUUUUUCUUAAUUUUCAUAUUUUUUACAUUAAUAUACCAGUUUUACUCUUAAGUUUUUCUCCAUGUUACACAUGUAUCUUCUCUUUCUUAUAUAAUGUGUGAUAAGUAACAUUAAGUGUUAAAAACCAAACAGUAACACCUCAGCUGUGUGUCAUAGGUUUGUGUUUGUUGAGCGUUACUCGCAGGCGAAGCUGCAGGGCGCCAUCUAGAGAGCAACGCCAGCGUCCUGCAGAGUCUUAACUUUGAAGAAGUCAUUCCUCAUCGGUCCCGUGGUGCUUUAUUCUUUAUUGAUCAGUGAGACGUUCAGCGACCACAGCGGUUCUUGGCCACUUCAACUAGCAAACGCCAGUUUUUAGUCACUAAGAUGAAAUUUCCCUCAAUCGUUUGUCAUUUAUAAAAUAAUAGUAGAAAGAUUUGAAACUGGCAUUGUUUUUACUACUUUUUAUAAUAUCUGGCAAAAAAUAAAAAAAAUACAUUUUUUGUUUUUAAAAAUCAGGUUUCUCCCAAAUCUUCUACUCAAAACUUUAAUAUACUGAAUGUUUAAAACCCGCUUUUGGCAACAUGGGGGCAGCAGAUCACAAGAAGGUUUGGGUGUCCGACAUGCAGAAGAUCGCCUCUAGUGGGACAAUGUGGUAUUAUAAGAUGUACCGGACCGUCCUCAUUAUUAUUAAUAUAUAAUAUAUAUAAUAUUAUUUAACAUAAUGUUAUUUAACAAAAAAUAAAUAAUCAGACGUGUUAAAGUGGAAGAACCGCUGUUGCAGCUCUGCGUCCCGACUGUAACAUUUGAUAUUUGAAGGCUUGGCACAGACUGUCGUGUUCAUCCCAUGUUUUAUAUUUCUUUUUUUUUCAGUGCAGGACACUGACAGGUCAUGACUCUUUUCAUCCAAUUAGACUUUGCUGUUUUUUUACAGUUUGAUGUUUGAAUCAGUUAAACUCAUUUCAAGUGUUAAUCAGUGAACUCUGUCGGCUUUACAACAUAUUUAUACACAAACAGCAAAGCAUCUUGUACAUACAUGUCAUAAAAUUGUUGUCUUUUUUAAAAUUGUUUGUAGCCUAUAACCUGUACAAAUGUAUGGACUAUCACGUAAACAAUUAAAGCUUAGCCUUUUCAUAAAAGUUUAAAGUUUGUAUCUUCUGACUAAUGAGAUUAAAUCUAAUCACUGAUGUUUAUACUU